AUGGCGACGAAGAAGUUUUCGUCUUCAAGUCAUCGACGUGCUGCUCGCCCAGUUAUCAUCAUCGUUGGAAGCACUUAUAAGGAUGGUGGAUUCAACGACCCAACGCAGAUCGCUCGCGAGUUCCGUGAAGACGGUGGAGCGAUUAUUACCAUCGGAAGUGUUGCAGAGUAUGUACAAGAGCACGGACUGGCAGUACCGAUGCUUCGAACGCUGGCGUCACCAAACUUCAGCCUGACUAAUAAAAAGAUGGACGGUACACAACUGCGCGCUGAUGAGUUACGUCAGCUGCUUUGCGAAGCCAACUGCUUCUGUAAAAAGAAUUGGAUGCCUUAUAGAACAAAUAAGUGGGAUGCUCCACAUGGCGGUUGCUAUUAUCCGGUUCCGAUUCCUUCAAUUCAGGUUCGUGCUGUUGAAUGUGUUCGAGGUAGUAGUGUGGUGCUUUAG